GAGUAAAAGAAUUUAAAAGAUUUUAAUUAUCCAAAGGAUUAUCACCACAUGGACAAAAAAUGAAAAAACAUAUAAGGCAAUUAACAAGUUCAUAACUUGAAAGGAUUUAAAUAUAAGAGAAAAAGUCGGAGUUAAGUUAUACUAGCUAAUUAAAUUAAAUAAUGAAAACGAUGGCAUUAAGAGUGGUUUCAGAAUAUUUUACAAAAAUGAAAAAAUUUCAAAAAAUGCAGGCUUAUAUUAUAUAUAUGCAAUUCAUUUGUUGUAUUGCAUGUUUAGUUCAAGACGCAUUAUUCUUUGCAGAAUUAAGAGAAAUUGAGGAUGUUAUAGAUCGAUCUAAAUUUGCGAUAGGUUUCUUUAGUUGCAUAUAUUAUAUUUUCGUGGAUAUUUUUUGUAUUAUUUUUAAUGGAAAUAGUGCUAUUCUCAUUGCAAGAAGUCAGAACAAAAAACACGAAAAACACAGAAAACUAAUAAAAUGGGAUUAUAUUAUUUUUAUAUUUGAAGCUAUCUUAUGGAUAAUUUAUGUUAUCUUGAAAUUAUUAACAUGGAAUGGAACGACUGUUGCCGUCUUAUAUUUCUUGGGACUUUUGGGACCAGGAGGAAUUAUGCAUUAUUUAGGAACAGUUAUUUUUGGUAUUGUAAAUUUAUUUUUAUAUAUUAUUUGCUAUACACUUAAUGGAACAAGUUGGACCAAUGAAAUAAUUGAGUAAUU